UACAAAUAUGGCAUCUUUUGAUUCCUUCUAAUUAAUUAUUUCACAAAAGAAUACACUAUCAAACCGGUAAUUCCUGAUUGUUCUGUAGCCAAACACACUCCAUCUAUCUUCUCUGUAAAUCGGGUUGAUCCACAGAAGCACAGACCCGAACCCACGUACGGUGCAGUAAUGGCGGGACCAUCCAGCUCAUGGGCGCACGCACUUGUUCAGAUCUCGCCCUAUACCUUCUCCGCCAUCGGCAUCGCCGUCGCCAUCGGCGUCUCUGUCUUAGGCGCAGCUUGGGGAAUUUACAUAACUGGAAGCAGUCUGAUCGGCGCUGCAAUUAAAGCCCCACGUAUCACUUCCAAGAAUCUCAUUAGUGUAAUCUUCUGUGAAGCUGUUGCUAUAUAUGGUGUCAUUGUGGCAAUCAUCCUACAAACAAAGUUAGAGAGUGUUCCAGCAUCCAAAAUAUAUGCACCUGAGUCUCUUAGAGCAGGAUAUGCAAUAUUUGCCUCUGGGAUUAUUGUGGGCUUUGCAAACCUUGUCUGCGGGUUGUGUGUAGGGAUAAUUGGAAGCAGCUGUGCAUUGUCGGAUGCCCAAAACUCCUCUCUUUUUGUGAAGAUUCUGGUGAUUGAAAUAUUUGGUAGUGCACUGGGAUUGUUUGGAGUGAUUGUUGGCAUAAUCAUGUCAGCACAGGCAACCUGGCCUGCAGGAUCAGCAUGAUUUGCUAUUCUAAUCAGUGUGGGGCUAUCCAAUUUAUUCCAUUACAUGAUAUAUUAUGUAGUCCAAAUCUGUAUGUUGCUAUUCUCCUGAACAUACAGUAUUAGGCAUUCGGGUUCUGUUGUGGGAUAUAAUGCUGCCUUUUGUUGAUCUUAGGCACUGUUUGUUCCAGUGGAAAAAUGUAGUUGAGAGAAGUUUGUUAAUACUGAAAUCUUACUAUGAUGUUGUCCAGGGAAUUACUGGUUGAUUUCCUGCAAUAAGCAGAGUUUUUUUGAAACA